ACUGACUCGAUGUCACUUCAGCAGAGGAGGAUCUGAAAACCUUGUGGACGUGGUUUACUCUUUGCUCCGAGGGCUGGACGCUGUGUUAGACCCCUGAGAAUUGUGUCGCCUCUGCACAUAAAGGGAAACUUUAAUUGGAAGCGGGAGCAAUUGGGGACGUGUUGUCAUCGGUUUGAUCUCGGUAUCGUGCAUGUGGCAAAGCAUGAACAUACCAACACAGCAUUAGAAGGCAGAGACCGGGCAUUUUUACAAUUAGGGGAGCAAUAGCCACUCAGUAGCCUACGAGCGCGGCAGCGCUGAAGAAGCGCACGGAGAACACGCACACGUGUGCCGCUUCGUGUUUUCUUCCUGUCUGACCGCUGAUAUGGUUUGAACACUCUUACAUCCGACGACACAGGCUGCAGGAUUCUGUAUCUUGUCGCUUUUGGACAAGAUCAGCACAGAGUUAAUGGUAAAGAUGCAGCAGAAGGCAGUGUGGCAUCUGUGGCUGCUGAUGACCACUGUGGUUUCAGUGUCAGUCAGCGGAUUUCCUACCAGCUUAAAGAGGACUUCAGUGCGAGACAGAAACCCUACAGCGUCUGUUACUGAGGUGACAAAGCAGCCUAAUCGUGCCAACAAUCAUCAGACUCUUCUGGAGCUCCAGCAGGAGAACCUUCUGCAGACUCCAUCUGCUGCUCCAUCUUCUCCCAGGUCCAGACACAGCUGGUCCCAGCACCGUCACCAGGGUGUCAUCCCCCCACCAGAACCUGAGGAGGACCACGAGCUCUUCAUCCUGGACCUGAAGAACUUCCCAGAGCUGGCCAAUGCAGACAUGGGCUCACAGAACCCCAACAUCCAGGUGACCAUCGAGGUGGUAGAUGACACACAAACUGAAACGGAGGUGGAGAUGGACCUGGCCAAGGAGGGUCAGCGUAACGACUGGUCAGUAUCAUCCUCAGAGUGGGCCAACAGCCACAAGAAACUGUUCUGGCCUCUGUUCUGGGAGUACCCGGACCAGGUGCAGAAUGGGUUGGGAGGAGCCAGUUUGGAGGAACAAUCUGAGAACUACGACUCAGAAGACCCUAUACUGAGUGGAGUUGGAGGAGACUGGGGUGGUCACUGGAACAAAGAUUGGGAUGCAAAAGAUAACUACGAGUACGAGGAGGAGUGGAGCGCCUGGGCUCCCUGCAGCGUCACCUGUGGACACGGCACCCAGAAACGCACCCGUUCCUGCGGUUAUGCAUGCACAGCGACUGAGUCACGAACAUGUGACCUGGAGAGCUGUGCCAAUACUGCGAUUUCAGUGACUGACCUGACACCCACCCAGACAACCAACAGCACAGACUCUCUGGACACAAAUGUAGACAGCUGUGAGAAGUGGCUAAGCUGCAAGACUGGUUUCCUCCAGAAGUACCUGCACCAAGUGCUCACAGAGCUCCCCAGUUGCCCCUGCUCCUACCCCUCUGAGGCUGUUUAUAGUGCUGUCAACAUUCAGGACGGCAAGCUACGCAAGACCUACCGUUGGAGGGACGCAAGCGGACCCAAAGAACGCCUGGACAUCUACAAACCUUCAGCCAGAUUCUGCAUCCGCUCAAUGCUGUCGUAUGAUAGCACAACGCUAGCAGCACAGCACUGCUGCUACGAUGAUCAGAUGAGACUGAUAACGCGAGGGAAAGGAGCAGGAGCACCAAAUUUGAUCAGUACAGAGUUCUCACCAGAGCUGCAUUACAAGGUGGAUGUACUUCCUUGGAUCCUGUGUAAGGGGGACUGGAGUCUGUUUCACUCAGUAAGGCCUCCGAAUAAUGGGCUGGACUGUGAGGAUAAUCCCCCUGACCAAGUGUUUCAGAUGGAACUUAGAGAGGCCAGGGAGUACUGACACUGCAGGGUUGUGGAGUCACAACAAGAAGGGUGGAGACACAGAAAAACUGAAGUACAAUGUUAAUUCACCAUUUCUGUGGUCCAUAUGGCAAGUGUGAACUCCUGCCAGGUGAAGUACUUUAGUGCAGUAGCAAGCUUCGUUGUUGUAGUCUCAUGGCCUCCUGCAUUUAAAGGGACAUAACAACAACAUGAACAACCAAUACUGGUGAAGCUUUUUUAUACUCAUAUGUAGACUCAUAAUUCGUUCAUGGCAACAAAAAUGAAAUAACACUGUUGUCGGAACCAACAGCUGUAGAGAAUGUUCUAUUAGGACCCUUGUCAGCUAAACCCUGUUUCUGUAUGUUGCUGCUACUCUAUUAGGCAGUAGUGUGGCAUGUCUUUGUACGUGUGUGUGUGUGUGUGUGUGUGUGUGUGAACAGAGGAUGAACUUAUUUAUUGGUCCCUGAACUAUUUCAAUCAGACCGAGUGUCCAAGGAAAGGAAUUCCUGUAGAGCUGCUAAACGGGGAAUAAAGUCAAAUGGACCUUUUGGACUA